CUUCUUGGACCCCUCCUCGUGAGCCACGAAAGCUCAGUGCCACUGACAAGCUUGGAGGACACAGUGGUCGGUCUUUACUUCUCGGCGCAUUGGUGUCCACCAUGCCGCCAGUUCACACCCAAAUUGAAAGAGGUGUAUGCUGCUGUGAGAGGGACUGGAAAGCGAUUUGAGGUUGUCUUCAUUUCGUCAGAUCAGAAUCCCAAACAGUUUGAG